AUGGCCGCAGCAGCCACGCCCGCCGACGACGCAAAGUCUCCCCUCUUCUCCCGCAAAAAGAGCCCUCCAAAGCCGACACAGCCCGAUACCCCAUCAGAGCAGCCAGCUCCAGCGCCGGCCCCUUCCCAGCCAGCGACCCAGUCCACCAGCGUCCAGCACGAGCCAGUGCCCUCCGCCACCGAGUCCAACGCGCACACCACGGGCACAUCGACCACUCUCCCGGUAGGGUCCGAGUCUGAGCGCGGAACCGACAAGCCUGACGACCGGUCGCUCGCCGACAAGCCCAAGCAGACAAAGUCCACCCCAGGCGCCGGCGCCGGCGACAAGAAGCAAGACAAUGCGCCCAACAGGCCACGGAAGGCCCGCCCCUCGCUCCUCGCGCGCAUAGUGCACGUGCUCGUGCCCUGCGUCGGCCCCCAAGGCCACGACGGCGAGCCGGUCCCGCACGACAUCCCGACCGGACCCGCGCCUGCGAACGGCAAGGCGGCGGCUGGACCUGCGACCGCUCCCACCGCGUCAGAGGCGGAGAAGAAGCCGGCGGCAACGACCGACGCCGCGACGACGACGCCGUCAGCGCCCGCUGAUGCGCCCUCCCCUGCGGCUGCAACGCCAGCGGCCGCGCCGGCAACGCCCGCGGAAGCCACGCCGGCGCCUACCGCGGGAGCGCCCGUGCCUGCGCCAAUACAGACCGGCUCGACGCACGGCAGCGACGUGGACGUGGUGGUGCCGCCGACGCCGACAAAGGUGGUGGACCCGGAGGAGACCGAGGGCGUGACGUCGGCUGCGGUGGUCCCGCCUGGCGCGACGGCGGAGGAGGUGGCGGCGUUGCACCGCGCGACGCCGCCCGAGAGCGGCGACGAGAGCGACGGCACGAGCUUUACGGAGGAAGAGCAAGAGGAGGAGCAUCACGAGCAGGAAGAGGACGACGAGGACAGGCUGAUCCUCAACGGCGGCGCAGGUAUCCCUAUCGGACCCGAUGGUCAGCCACGACCGCUGCUGCCGCCACUUCUGCCCCAACACCAGGGCAGGAAAUGCCUCGUUCUCGACCUUGACGAAACACUCGUUCACUCGAGCUUCAAGUCAAUCCAACAGGCGGACUUUGUCGUCCCGGUCGAGAUCGAGUACCACUGGCACAACGUCUACGUCAUCAAGCGUCCGGGCGUCGACGCCUUUCUCAAGAAAAUGGGCGAGAUCUACGAGAUCGUCGUCUUCACCGCCAGCUUGAGCAAGUACGCGGACCCCGUGCUCGACAAGCUCGACAUCCACCGCGUCGUCACCCAUCGCUUGUUCCGUGAGAGCUGCUACAACCACCGUGGCAACUACGUCAAGGACUUGUCGCAGCUCGGCCGCCCGAUCGAGGACACGAUCAUCCUCGACAACUCGCCCGCGUCGUACAUCUUCCACCCGAACAACGCGGUGCCCGUCUCGAGCUGGUUCAACGACCCCCACGACACGGAGCUCACGGACCUCUGCCCCUUCCUCGCCGACCUCGCAGGGAGCGACGACGUCCGCGGCGUGCUUGACGGUGGCCUGUAA